AUGUGCACAAGUUGGAAUCCAUCCGAAGUCCUCAUCGGUCGUCGACUCGUUCGUUUUCACAACGUCCAAGACGGUUGCAAAAUCAUUCUUACCUGCGAAGCUAUCCGCCAGGAUGACUACAAUGGCACGGACACCGUCAUUUCCUGUAUUUAUGGCAUCCCAAACGGCCCGUACUAUGUCACCGGCGUAGAUAUCAUUUAUCUGCUCGAGAGGAUCACCAACGACGACUUUCCUGUCGAGGAGAAAAACCGCAUAAGGCGCAAUCUGGAGUGCUUGAAACCGACAACCGUCAGCAAACAUGGACAUAUUUUAGACACCUUCUUCCGGCGGAUCAUGGACUUCCCUGAUCCCAAGCCCCGGAAUAUUGAGAAAGACAUCAAAGUGUUUGAGUGGUCACUUCUUGGACAGGCGCUUGAGAAAGUCCUGUCUAAAUAUGUAAGC